AAGAGAGAAGUGAGAGAGACAAGGUUUCUCUCGUUACUGUCAGACGGCUCAACAGAUGCAGGAAUUAUUGAACAAGAGACAGUGUUCGUACGUUAUGUGGACAAACAAGGACAGCUAUGGACAAAAUUUGUUGACAUUGUUCCCCUUGAAUCUGCAACUCCAGAUGGAGUUUGUAACGCAGUUACAACCAGCUUGGAGACUAUUGACAUUGACCAAGAAACACUGAAAAAGAAGUUAGUUGGGUGCAAUUUUGGGCAAGAAGUCAGGCGUUGUCGUGCAAAUACAAAAAGUUCCACAGCCAGUUGUGAUUUUACACUGUGUUGCUCAUAACCUUGAGCUUGCUGUUUUACAUGCAGUUAAAACUGUUCCCUACCUUGAAACUUUUCAUGAAACUAUUAGGCAAGUUUUCAAGUUUGACUAUUAUUCACCCAAGAAAAGAAGAGAAGUCAAUGCAGUAUCAGAAAUCCUUGAUGAAAAUCCAGCUCAUUUCAACAUUAACAUCAAGAAGACAAGGUUGCUGUCUAGCAGACAUAGGGUUCUCGCUGCUAUGGAAAAAUAUCUUCUAUGAUAGUCACACACUUGGAGCAGGUGAGCAGUGGGAAAGGUGAAGAUGCAGCCAAAGCCAAGGGAAUAUUAAAGCAAAUCACAACAGGGUAA